AUUUCCAAGCCGGAAAAGUCUUUCUGGCUUAGUGAAGACAGGCCUGAAAGUGUACCAAGUUCUUUGAAGGAAUCCUGCACAGCCAUGGCGGGUGAGUCCUUUCUUCGUUUCUGCUUGUGUUGAGGAAGUUACAUACGGAUUUCUGAGAGAAGAGAUAACAAUGCUUCAUCAAAGCAGAGCUGUUUCCAGGAGAACACAUGAAAGAGAUCCAAUCUACAAGAUCAAAGGUUUGGCCAAGGACAUGCUGGAUGGGGUUUUUGAUGACCUGGUGGAGAAGAAUGUUUUAAAUGGAGAUGAGUUACUCAAAAUAGGGGAGAGUGCGAGUUUCAUCCUGAACAAGGCUGAGAAUCUGGUUGAGAACUUCUUUGAGAAAACAGACAUGGCAGGAAAAAUAUUUGCUGGCCACAUUGCCAAUUCCCAGGAACAGCUGAGUUUACAAUUUUCUAAUGAUGAAGAUGAUGGACCUCAGAAGAUAUGUACACCUUCUUCUCCAUCAGAAUCCAAGAGAAAAGUAGAGGAUGAUGAAAUGGAGGUAAAUGCUGGAUUGGCCCAUGAAUCACAUCUAAUGCUGACAGCUCCUCAUAGAAUCCAGAGCUCAGAAGUCCAAGAUAAACUGAAGCUUUGUCCUCGUGAUCAGUUUUGUAAGAUAAAGACAGAAAGGGCAAAAGAGAUAUAUCCAGUGAUGGAGAAGGAGGGGCGAACACGUCUGGCUCUCAUCAUCUGCAACAAAAAGUUUGACUACCUUUUUGAUAGAGAUAAUGCUGAUACUGACAUUUUGAACAUGCAAGAACUACUUGAAAAUCUUGGAUACUCUGUGGUGUUAAAGGAAAACCUUACAGCUCAGGAAAUGGAGACAGAGUUAAUGCAGUUUGCUGGCCGUCCAGAGCACCAGUCCUCCGACAGCACAUUCCUGGUGUUUAUGUCCCAUGGCAUCCUGGAAGGAAUCUGUGGGGUGAAGCACCGAAACAAAAAUCCAGAUGUUCUUCAUGAUGACACUAUCUUCAAAAUUUUCAACAACUCUAACUGUCAGAGUCUGAGAAACAAGCCCAAGAUUCUCAUCAUGCAGGCCUGCAGAGGCAGAUAUAAUGGAACUAUUUGGGUAUCCACCAGCAAAGGGAUAGCCACUGCUGAUACAGAUGAGGAGCGUGUGUUGAGCAGUAAAUGGAAUAAUAGUAUAACAAAGGCCCAUGUGGAGACAGAUUUCAUUGCUUUCAAAUCUUCUACCCCACAUAAUAUUUCUUGGAAGGUAGGCAAGACUGGUUCUCUCUUCAUUUUCAAACUCAUUGACUGCUUCAAAAAGUACUGUUGGUGUUAUCAUUUGGAGGAAAUUUUUCGAAAGGUUCAACACUCAUUUGAGGUCCCAGGUGAACUGACCCAGAUGCCCACUAUUGAGAGAGUAUCCAUGACACGCUAUUUCUACCUUUUUCCUGGGAAUUAACACAGGCAACUCUCAUGCAGUUCCCAGUCAAGUAUUGCUGUAGCUGAGAAGAAAAGAAAAUUCCAACAUCCCAGGAUUUUUAAAUGUGUAAAAUUUUUCAGUUAGAUAUUUUAUACAAUAUCAUAAGACUAGAUAAUUUCCAUAGGUCAUUUUUUAGGGGAAAUCCUGAUAUGUAAAGUUUUGCAUGAAAAGUAUAGAUUCGUUCCUUCCAAAUCUGCUCAUCUUUUACUUUAUUUUAUUAAAUUUGUAUUUGCACAUCUUUGUAAAAUGAAUAAAGGAAAAAGACACUAAAGAAUAUGGGGAUGAUACACCUUUUGAUGAACCACUUUCACUUAUAAAUUAGUAAUAAGUAUUUACUCACAAGGAAGAACUUAUCUACAACUUAGCUGAGAAAUGAAACUAUUGCAUAUCUAGCUAAAACUAAUCAUCUCUUAGGAAUAAGACAAAGGAGGUUUAUGUCCACUGUUUGUCUCUGACAUACAUGGUUUUCAUGCCUAGUGGCUACCUACCAUUCCUCUUAAUCAAUUUCUUAGGUUAUAAUUGACAAAUUUAUGCUAUGUUUAUAAUUUUUCUCUUAAAUGUUUUUGUAAUAAGAUAUACUCACACAUGCACAUUUACAACUGUCUAUUAGUAUUAUUGAAAUAAAUCCUGGAAACAAAAAAUAAAAAUUUAAAGCAUUAAAGACAAUUUUGAGACAAAAUAUUCUAUGAAACUCUAUGCAAAAUUGAAUUCUUCUACAAGUAUUUGAUGAAGCUCACCUACCACUAUUUUUUUCAUCUUGAGGAUGUUAUAUCAUUAUUUUUACUUCACUGAGCUCAAAUUAAAAUCUUUGUUUAUUCUUUGUUCUAUAAAAUGUUUAAGAAUCUUUCUUUACUGCAUAGUAAGUGUUAGCUCAUUUUUUCCUGGGGUUACAAGUUCUGCACAAGCAUGCCUUAAAAUUGUGAGAGUCACCCCUUCUGAGUGUUCUUCCUUAAGUCAUACCAGAUCUAUGAUCUCUUUCUGAAAGUGUCCAUUAACAGUUCAAGAUUUCUACCCUUUCUCCCUGGUCCUACUGUCUUUUCAGCCUAUGUUAAAUAUGUACCUAUCAAAAGAAAUCUCAUGAGCACUUUUAAAUAAAGGUCUG